AUGAUGGAUAACCGCUUUGCUACAGCGCUAGUAAUUGCUUGUGUUCUCAGCCUCAUCUCCACCAUCUAUAUGGCAGCUUCCAUCGGCACCGACUUUUGGUACGAAUACCACACCCUGUCCCCAGCUGAGAAUGUCAGUGAAGCUGGUAGGACCAUCUGGGAUGAGUUUGUCAGUGAAGAUGCGGAUGAGAAGACCUACACAGAUGCGCUCUUCAAAAAAGUUGGAUUGUGGCGGAGGUGUAUCACUGUACCCAAAAACUCUCACUGGUACAGCCCACCAGAAACUGAUAUGACUACAAACUGCAUCAGUUUUUCCCUCUCUGAUCAGUUUAUGGAAAAGUACAUAGAGCCUGGAAAUCACAACAGUGGCACAGAUUUGAAUCGGACUUAUCUCUGGCGAUUGCAGUUUCUCCUGCCCUUUGUCAGCCUCGGCCUCAUGUGCUUUGGGGCUCUGAUUGGGCUCUGUGCUUGUGCCUGUCGCAGCCUUUACCCGGCCAUUGCCACUGGCGUCCUCCAUUUCCUAGCAGGGCUCUGUACGCUGGGCCUGGUUGGCUGCUAUGUAGCUGGGAUUGAGCUGCUCCAUAAGAAGCUGCCCCUGCCUGAUGAUGUGAGGGGUGAAUUCGGCUGGUCCUUCUGCCUCGCCUGUGUCUCAGCACCUCUGCAGUUUAUGGCAGCUGCUCUUUUCAUCUGGGCAGCUCGCACCAACAGAAAAGAAUUCACUCUCUUGAAAGCGUACCGUGUAGCAUAAGUGCUGCUACCGAAGUACUGGAUUUCUGUGUUUUAGCCUCUUCUCCCCCCAACCCUUACUACUUCUUUCUUUUAGUCAGAAUUUUACCUUGUACUGCAUGCUUCUUGCCAGUUGAAACAAUUUAGCCUGUAGGCCCUGAAGACAAAGACCUCUGGGCUAAAUGACCAAACUCUGACAGAAGUCUGCA